AUGUCUUCCCGAGCCUUAUGUCGUCGAGUGGCGCUUCCAGCGCUCGCGCGGCGCUUCCCAGUGUCCGUGUCGCAAAGGCCGCUCACCACACAGCAGAAGGAGAUUGUCAAGUCCACAAUUCCGGCACUAGAACAGCAUGGCGUCACGAUCACCACCCUCUUCUACAAGCGUCUGCUCGAGGCGCAUCCCGAACUGAAAAACAUUUUCAACACUGCGCACCAAGCAACUGGGGAACAGCCUGCAGCCCUGGCGCAUGCUGUGUGGGCGUACGCAUCCAACAUCGACCAGCCCGAGGCCCUAAGUACGGCCGUGUCUCGCAUUGGACACAAACAUGCCAGUCUGGGCGUUCUGCCCGAUCAUUAUCCGAUAGUCGGUCAGCAUCUUCUCGUCGCAAUCAAGGAUGUCCUGGGACCGGCCGUCAACGAGCAGGUCCUUGCCGCGUGGGCCGCGGCCUACCAGGAGCUGGCCGACAUAUUUAUCAAUUUCGAAGAUCACCUCUACAAACAGCAUGUCCAGACACCUGGCGGCUGGGUAGGAUGGCGGAAAUUCUUCGUCUCUCAUAAAAUCCCGGAGAGCGAGGAGAUCGUUUCCUUCUACCUUCGCCCCGUCGACCAGGGCGCGCUGCCCGAAUACCACCCCGGCCAGUUUGUGAGCGUACGAUGCUAUGUGCCCGAGCUGGGCUCCUAUCAACCGCGGCAGUAUAGCCUGUCCGACAUUCCGAACGGCCAACACUUCCGGAUCUCCGUCAAGCGGGAGAUGGCGAAUGCUUCGCGGCCAGCCGGUCGGAUCUCGAACGUUCUGCACGAGUCACUGCCGAUUGGCGCGGAGCUGGACGUGAGCAUGCCGUCCGGUGACUUCGUGCUCGAUAUCAACGCCACCACUCCCGCGGUGCUGAUCAGCGGUGGCGUGGGCCUGACGCCCAUGAUGUCGAUGUUGAAAAGCAUUGUCAGCCAACAAGGUCCGUCUCGGCGUGUGGUGUUCAUCCAUGCGGCACGGAAUGGGCGCGUCCAUGCCAUGAAAGCCGAUUUAAACCAGAUCGUUGCGGAGAAUCCGAUGGUUAGCCGCAUAGUCUUCUAUGAAAAUGCCGCCGAAGGCGAUACCCAAGGUGUGGACUAUGACCAUACUGGGCGCGUGGAUUUAGCUCGGAUCAGAGACGAGGCUGUUCUGCCCGAUGCCGACUACUACAUCUGUGGGCCGCAACCUUUCAUGAAGGCGCAGAGCAAGAGCUUGGAGGCUUUGGGUGUGGCGCGGGACCGCAUUCACAUGGAGGUCUUCGGCUCUCCGCGUGAUUGA